AUGAGCUGCAAAGGUGCAGCUUUUGGGUUCGCCACUCUAAAUGGCUUGUCAGUUCGGAGGCAUUUGUUUUGUAGGAGUUCGGCAAAUCGUAGAGUCUGCGGGAAGCUUUUUACUGGUUCACAAUGUCCACGUGCUCCAAGGUAUUUUUUGGUGCACACUGACAAGAGUGCCGGCAACACUCCAAGUACACGAGGUUGGGAGGAAUAUGCGGGAAACUUUAUUUUCAGGCCUCCGCACGUUAUCGUAAGGCCCUCACAGCGCACAGCCUACGGGACUGGAAACGGUACACCGCUGCCACCAAAAGCUCUCGUUCACUUUCUCGGGGGUGCCUUCGUUGGAGCCGCGCCGCAGGUUGCGUAUCGAUGGUUUCUCGAACAGUUGGCUUUAGAGGGCUUCGUAGUAGUCGCGACGCCGUACCGACUUUCUUUCGAUCACCUUUGGACGAUGGAUGACGUGCUCACCAGGUUUUCAGCAGCAGCGGGAAUGCUCGCUCUCGAUUACGGUCCCAUCCCUGUUGUUGGAAUCGGUCACUCCCUGGGCGCUCUCCUGCACACCCUUGGAGGCAGCUUGUUUUGCAACGCGGAUGGGUACAAGGCUGCCAACGUACUGAUUGCAUUCAAUAAUCGCCGCGCGGAAGAUGCGAUACCUUUAUUCAGAGAGUUUAUCGCGCCCGUGGUUAAGACGGUUGCCCAAACUGGUGAACUCUCUGAUGUGAUCGAGCGGCUCGUGAUCGAUGGGCCUGCGACGUUUGACACGCUGUUCGACACUGUUACAGAUGUUGUGUUUCCUGGUUCUCGGGAUAGUGAGCUUUUCGCCUUGGUGCGACAGUCAAGGGCGCUUGCGCAGCAGAUUCCACCUUUAUUUGCUGAGGUCGCUGAUGGAGCUUUUGCAUUCAACCCUGAUCCUAUCGAGGUCAUGGAGGCAAUUCGCACACUAUACAAAGUUCGUCAAACGCUUAUUGUGAGCUUCAAAAACGACAUCCUCGAUGACUCGCGUUCGCUUCAGAAAGCACUAGACCCUGAGCGAGGCGCUACAGUAAUUCGUCUCGGCGGAACUCACUUAACCCCCUGCGCACAGGAUUUCCUCGACCCACGGCUCCGGCAAAGCAGCUUUUUCUCUUCAUUUACGUGCGAAAAGGAUAACGACACAUCCUACAUACUCCGCGAAGCUAUGCGCAGAAUUGUGCUUCGCGAAGCAAUGCUCAUGAAAAACAGUGUUGUGGCGUAUUUAGAUCGCGCUCUCGGAAUGGAAUAA